GUGUUUGUGGGGCAGCUGGAGGAGGCGGGAGGCGGCAGUAGCCUCCGCUCUCCGGGCCCCUCUGGCCUUAAAGGGACAGGCGCCCACCGCGGGCGCCCUUUUGCGACAUGGCGGUGGCGGGGGACCUGGAGAACACGGGUGCUGCUUUCCGUACAAGUCACAGGACCUCAUCCUUCACAGAUGGGCUUUCAGCAGCAUCGUUUACGGAGUACCCUAGGCACAAACCUUUCAUUAAUGCUGACUUGCGACGACCUCCUGCCAAGCCAGUCAUUGCAUAUCCAGAGAGUAACAGCAGAGCAAUAUUCUCAGCUCUGAAGAACCUGCAAGAGAAAAUACGGCGGCUGGAGCUGGAACGGAUUCAAGCAGAGGAGAGUGUGAAAUCUCUGGCCAAGGAAACCUCAGACUAUAAGAAAGUGCUGGGCGAACAGCUGAUGGAAAAAGAGCAGACAAAGUUUGAGGUGUCCAGGAAAAACGAAGAGUUGGCAGCUCAGCUAGCAGGUGCCGAGACUCGCUGCAGCCUUCUGGAAAAGCAGCUGGAUUACAUGAAACAAAUGAUUGCACAGGCGGAACUCGAAAAGACCACCGUCUUGCAGAAGCAGGCCACAUUAGAAAGAGAGAGAAUUCUUGAUCAAUCACAUGUGACAUCUAAAUUGGAAAGGUUGGAUCUGCUCGAGAAAGAAUAUGCAAGGCUUACGUCGAUGCAGUCUCAUGCAGAGAAAAAAAUGAAAGAGCUGGAAGAGAAGCUCCUGGAGGAAGAACAAGCGCGGAAACUGGUGCAGGAAAAAGCGGCAGAGCUUCAGACUGGUUUGGAGAAGAACAGACAGUUGCUGGAAGCACAAACGCAGCCUGUGGUGUUGGUGGAACCGUUGAAACCAAAGAAGAUCAAGAAGAAAGCAAAGCAGCUGGAAAAGAAUGACCCUGGAAUGGUUCACUGCCACGCACAGCCUCACUAUAGGCUGCGGCUGGGGGAUGUGCCUUUUGUUGCAGGAAAGUCCACAAGCCCCAGUCACUCCGUGGGAGCCAACGUUCAGCAUGUGCUGCACCUGAUGAAGCAUCAUUCAAAAGCCCUUUGCAAUGAGCGCGUGGUCAGCAAUGUCCCCUUGAGCAAGCCAAUGGGCAGAGGAAGGAGGAACUCGGGCUCUUCCAUUUCUUCCACGUCCCAGGGAGACCUUUCCGAGGUGCUGUUGACAUUGCAAGACGAACUCGGGCAGAUGAGCUUCGAUCACCAGCAGCUGGUAAAACUCAUCCAUGAGGCUCCAACGAUUGCCGUAAGAGAAGACCUGGAGAGGGAGCUGGAAGUGCUGGUGAAGAAGAUGGAAGCCAAGGCAGAACAGAUCUGUAAAAUCCAGAGGCAUCGGGCACGGCUGGCGAAGCAGAAGAGGGAAGGCAGGCUCUCUUGUCCUCAGCAGCCAAGCAGAGGCUGUGAAGCGAAAAUGAAGGUCAACCGGGUGAAAGAUGCCGGCCUGAAGAGGAGACCCGGAGAGCAGGGCAAGAAGAGUCUGCAGUUGCUGAGGGAGAUGCAAAGCAUACAGACCUCCCUUCAGAAAGAUGACAACAGUUGGGACUACUGAGGCGUCUUGCGUGUGUGUGAUUGUUUUUUUGCACCUUUCCCGGCUUGCUGGCUCCAAUCUCAGCUGCCUUCCUUGCCGGGCUGCACUUUCUAAACAAAAGCCCCUCAUUCCCCACCUGUGGGCCUGAUCAGAUUACAGCCCCUAAUCCUGAUGCAGGAGGUGGGGAGGGAAGAAAUAAGAUAACCCUUAUUAUUCUUUUAGCACGUUAACAAUCCCUUUGCUGUGAACCACUGUAUUCUCCUUAUCCUACAACUCAGGCAAUUAAUCUAAUUGCUCACCAGGGGCGACUCUUUCCUAAGCCUAGAGGCAGACAAUAGUGAUUUUCUUCCCCACUCCCCUCCACAGAAGAGGGUAUGAUGGAGGCAUAGUUGUCUCCGGCAUGCAGGUUUUGCAGGCCUUUGCCCUGCUUCAAAAAUGCCCACUGCCGUCUUGACCAGUGGGGUGAAAGACACAAAAAGGUGUUAUUACAUUACCUUUCAACUCUCCUAAAAUGCAUUGUUUUGUCUUCAGCCUUAAACUGUUCCCUCCCCUGCAUUUCCCCCCAAAAUUGCUUUAUGUGUGGUGUUGCGUAUUUUCCACCUCAGAUGUUCAAACAUUCUUAGUAAGAUGUUCUCAUUUCGAAAUAUGGAAGUUUUGUAAAGAGUGACCUCUUCAAUAUUCAGUUGACUACCUAAAGGCUUUUACCUCAGCUUAUAAUUAAGGAUGCGUCCUUCAGUGUUUUUCCAUCCUUGGAAUCUUAAUAAUGUGGUUUCAAAGAGGAACUGAACAGCUGUCUGUAUCUUCUCUCUUGGUUUUUUCCUCCUUGCAGAAGAGUGAAGUCAAUGUGUUUCUUUAGACAAAAACACACACAACAGCACCUCUGAUCAUGGCUGUUCUGGUAUUGGCAGCUGGUUUUUAACUUGGCUUUUAAUAAUUUUAUCCUUAACUGGACUAGGAGAUCUGGUGGCUGUUGUGGUACUAUGGAUUUUUAUAGUCACACACAUGCACAGAGAUAUAUUAUUUAUUACAUUAAUAAUGUAAAGUCUUUCCGAUGAUUGGAAUGGAAUGAUGACUCAAAAAUGGUGCUUUUUGAGGUUUGAUUGGGAUCCAAUAAAGGCAACUUGCCAAUUGAAUAAA